AUGAUGACAAACUACAGUUUAUGGUUCUCCAAACGGGAAAUGAAGACCAUUCUUUUUGUGUUAAUUCUGUUGCCGGCGGCGUUAUCCUACAUUGGAGCUCAGUCUCCAGGAAAUUCUCAAGAUGUCACAGACAUGAAAAACUCGCUUGGUCGAUGGAGAAGAGCUGCCAUUGUGUUGGUCGUAGCAGUAAUCGUGAUCUUGAUUAUCUUCCUGCUGUGUUUAGGCCUUCAACGCUACAUAGACUCAAAUGCGCAGGGGGCAGCGAACAGCGGCGGAGGCGGAGGCGAAGGCGGAGGCGGAGGCGGAGGAGGAGGUGCAGCUGUUAUCGAAAUGUCAACGACGGCAACGCAGUCUACGCAGCCUAGUUGUGGACUCGAUGCGGCAGUGGUUGAGACGAUCCCGAGCCUAAUGUAUUCGGAGGUGAAGAGGCUCCAAAUUGGAACAGGCGAACUGGAAUGCGGCAUUUGUUUGGAAGAGUUCGAAGACGAUACCAUGCUUCGUGUUCUCCCCAACUGCGAUCACGUCUACCACACCCACUGUAUUUAUGAAUGGUUAAAUAUACGUUCCACUUGCCCCAUUUGCGUACGCUAUAUCACACCCGGACCCGACGAGUCCCUACAACGACCCGAGUCUUCCAACGACGGCGCUGCAGUCGAACCGGCGAUUGGUGAAAGAACCCUGGAAGAACAAUUUCCGGCGUUAUUAGUGCCUGCCACAGAACCCGAUGAUUCAAGAAUGACACGCCCAAUUCUCUCGCGGUCUCAGACGACCAGCCACUCGUUGACCCAAGCGGGCGAGAACACUGAUCGAAGUACUCUGAAGUUAUCCGCCAAGGAUAAGAAUAUGAUCCUUCGCCGGGCCAGGAGCCAAGUGAUGUUGCGUACAGAGAAUCGUUCGGGGGUUCUGGAUCGAGGCAGUGGAGAAGGGACUAGCAGAGGUGGGUACCGAUGA